GAACGCUCGGCAUCCGCGUGGCGCGAGUUAGAAGUUGGCUUCGCGCUUUUAGUCUCAGCUCGUGUCCCUUGUCUCGUUCAUCCUCGUUCACCCGUCUUCGUAGAGGAACGAAGAACCAAGAGUCGUUCCCGAGACAUCGAAUUCGUCCCGACCGAGUCUCGAGUCGUCGAACUUCGAAAGGCAAGGGGAAAGCAAAGGAAAAGAAGUUAAGAGAAAGAAAAAAGAAAAGGAAAGAAAUGCACGGCGUUACGAUGAAGCAUGUGGAUGAUCCGGUCGGUGUUGACCGUUCUCAUGUUUCGAUGUUUGGUACGAAACGCGUCCUUUCGUAGCAUCGGAAGAGCACAUUUCGAUGGAAAGCGCGACCGGAAAAAGAGAAAAUGUCCGAGAAGUGUAUAAUCGGCGAGCCGCAGAUACAAAAAGUGGGACAUGACGGCAUUCUCGAAGACAAAAUAGGGAAAAAGAAAAGUACCGCGCAACGACGAUGGCGCAUCCUCGCUAAGGCGCUGAUCGGUCCCCAGGAACCAAUUUCGGUGGACACGGAGGACGAGAUCUCGGUUCGCCGUUUCACCAGUUUCGACUUGUUAAGAGUCGACCGGAUGGAGAGCAGUGCCGCGGAUCCAGAUUCCGCAGUUUGGUACGAAUAUUCGACAGUUUUAGAGAACAAGCUGUUUACUGUAGAGAUCCGUCGAUUAAACAAGAAUUUUACGGCGAACGAAUUGAUCGGUUUCAACAAUACCGGCAACAUCUGCGUCUGGCCGUCGGAGGAAUGUUUGGCAUACUAUUUGUUGAAAAACCGACAGCUGUGUCGAAACAGAAAAGUCCUCGAACUCGGCGGCGGUAUGAGCUGUCUGGCAGGGGUGAUCGUCGCCAAGUACUGCGAUCCGAAGGAAAUCGCACUGACAGAUGGCAACGUGACCAGCGUGAACAACGUACGACGUAUCAUAUUUAGGAACGGUAUGACCGAUUUCGUGGAUUGCGGCGUGGUUCAAUGGGCCAAAGCGGCCAGGGCGAUCAGGGCAGCCAGAUCGGUCAGGGCGUUCGCACACCCGCACCCCAACGGCCUUCGAGUCAAGAGCUGGACCGGCGGCGCCAAGGAUGUUGCAAAAUUUACGGGAAAGCUAUACGACGUGAUCCUGUGCGCGGACUGUCUCUUCUUCGACGAGGCUAGGUCAGACUUGGUGGAAACGAUCUACGGUUGGCUGGCAAACGACGGCGUCGCCUUGGUGAUGGCGCCAAGACGAGGAUCUACUUUCGAGCAAUUCACCGAAGCAGCGGUAAAACGAGGUUUCGUCGCGCGGCGAAUAGACCGUUACGAUGGAAUGAUUUGGUCGAGGCAUCUGGAGUUGUUGGAGCACAGCCAGGAGUAUUGUCCAGACCUCCAUUAUCCGAUCCUUUUGGAGCUGACCAAGCAAAAGAAAACGUCACCCGGAUGAUACGUGUCGAUCGUCGAGCAGCUCGCCAACAAGAUCACCAUCCACAUCCACAUCUAGAUUCAAAGAGUUCCUCCCUGGCCCAUUUUAUCUCGAUUCCGGGCCAUUCCCUUGUACCAUUCCGUUACUACCCGACUAGUUUAGCUUUUCCACCCAAUCGAUUUUUACCUCUUUUUCUCUGCUUUUUCCUCUAUGUAGUCUUCUCUCGAAUACGCGAUCUUUUUUUCGCCAUCCAUAUCCGUUCUUCAAAUAUACCUAAUAUUAUAAGUAGCUACCAAUUUAAAGCAAAUACGAACGUGAAAUCGUACUAUCGAGUAUAAUCGAAUCGUUCGAAAACGCAUUCGAUGAAACGUUAACCAAUAUACGUACGUGUUUCUACUGUUAAUCGAUAGUUACGAUUAAAGAUUGCUUUUCUAUUACACGAUACGCGUUACCCGAACGAGUUGUAAACGAUAGUAUUUCAAGUACCUGAUGUUAGACUGAUAGAAGUGAAAAGUGGCAAUCGCGAUUCUCGUAAGUGCACUCGGACAGUUUAUCGCUGCGAGAAUAGAAAAGAAAUUGGCAUUCGUAGGUAUCUAGCGUGGAUUAUACAAAUAGUCGUGAUUGCACGAUAAAAGAAACGUAAAGAAAGGACACGGUAAAGGCGUAUACGGUAACAUGUAUACACGGUUUAUCCGAUAACGCUUAUGUUUCGUUCCUCCCCUCGUUAGACUUUAAGAAAUCAACUUUUCCUAAAAACGGCACAUGUUUGUCGGUGUUUGAAGAAAUUUGGAGUUUUGUUUCGUAUUUCACGCUGUUAUGACAGCAACGGUCGGCAUACGAGCAGAUCGAAGCUAACGACCAACGUCAAUCGCUAUCGUAAAUCUUCCUCGUGAAUGCUUUUUGCCAUUUAUAUGCCACCUUUUCGAUCUAGCUUUCAAUCGAGGGUCCAAAACGAUCUUUCUACAAGAUAAAGACGAAAGACUUUUUUACAUGUAGCCGUAUAUAUAUAUAUAUAUAUAUAUACGUACUAUGGAUCCGUAUAUCGUUGCGCGUUUCAGCAGCUCUUUAAGUUCAAUUAAAAUUAUAUCUUUUUUGUUUUUCUUUAAAUAAACGAUCAAAAAACAAACGAACUUUCGCAUUAAUCCAGUAAUGCGGUAUACGUACGCGUAAAUAUUUAUUCGUUUGUAUCGAUUGAACGAAAAUGAUUUUUCUGAAAUAUCUGAAAUCCUGACGAUUACCAAGUAUAGCACAAUUUCCUUCCUUUCCUUUUCCCUCCUUCUCUUCCUUCCUUCCUUUCUUGCUUGAUCCUUCUUUUAUCGAUAUAUUUUCCUUCACCUUUUUCUUUACAACCGAGUUGCAGCGCAGACCGAACAAUUACUACAAAGGACCAACCUAGUUCAGCAUAGUCAAAGCUACCAAAUUUCCAUUAUCGCGUACUUAUCUGUAUCUUUACGGAGAUAACGACGAGUAUUUGUACGUACGUGCGUAUGCGAGUAUAGAUGUAUGUGUGUCAGAUAUGUAAGGAAAUUAUUACAAAUAAAAUAUUUUCACUUAUUCCUUUGAA